UUUCAGUACCAAAAGCGGUAACCCCGAGCUACACUCAGGCUUACCAUGCGGCGUUGCUCAGGAUUCCCUGCAGCACUUACCUUGUCCUUCGCUCCCGCGAUGUGUCCCCUGCAGCGUCCCCGGCCAUCUCCUCCGGCCGAUGCCGGCAUCCGGGCUUCUGUUGUUCUGGUCCCUGUGACGUCGGGAUGUACGGCGCCUGGAACCGGCGGCAAAUUUGAAAUUUUUUUAAAAAUGUCAUUAUUUUUUAAAUGAUUAUUACAUAGUAUGCUUUGUCUGGCGCCCUGCCUGCAUUUUGACGUUCUUUCUG